AUGAAGCCGUUUGUUGAUCCAAUUUUGAGGCCAAUUGAUUCUCCGCUUUUUGAUGAUCCUGCCGAGCCAUAUUUAGAUGAAUCUGAUAUUCCAAAAGAUUGUUUUGAGCCAAAUAAUUCUGUGCAUGCUGAAGAGAAUCCUUUAGACAUUGGAUUAAAUCCUGUUGGAGAACAAGCGUUAGUGAGCCCACAAUCUCAUGAAGAGAAAGAAUCAAACAAAGAAUCAGACCAAGAAAAGACAAAGAAUCAGCUUCAAAAUGAAAAAGAACGAUCUCCGGAAGCAAUUGUUAUCGACAAUAAAACUGUGUUCAGUGCAGAAAAAUUCUAA